AUGGAGUUGGUUCAGAUGCAGAAGAGCUUGCAAGAUUACACCAAAUCACUCUUCUUGGAAGGGAUUUUGGACAGCCAGUUCUUGCAGCUGCAACAACUACAAGAUGAAAGCAAUCCAGAUUUUGUUUCACAAGUUGUCUCUCUUUUCUUCCAAGACACUGACAGGAUUCUCAAUGAUCUCUCACUUUCCCUAGAUCAACAGGUUGUGGACUUCAAAAAGGUUGAUCCUCAUGUUCAUCAACUCAAAGGUAGCAGCUCAAGUAUAGGAGCACAAAGAGUUAAGAAUGCUUGCGUUGUCUUCCGCAGCUUCUGCGAGCAACAAAAUGUUGAAGCAUGUCAUAGAUGUUUGCAACAAGUCAAGCAAGAGUACUAUCUUGUCAAGAACAGAUUGGAGACACUGUUUAAGCUGGAGCAACAGAUUUUAGCCUCUGGUGGGAUGGUCCCGGCCAUGGAACUUGGCUUUUGA